AGUACACUACAUUUGCUGUGAUAAAUCAUUUUUCUGUUACAUCAGAUAAAACAGUGUAAAUAACAUUUCCCACCCUUUGGUUUAUCUGCAGGCUUGCAAGGUUGACAGCAGCUGUUAUGCUUUGUAAAGAUAUCCCUGUCUAUUUGUUCUCUACAUAUGUGCCUACCCCAUUUGUGCCGUAUGCUGUGAUGAAGUAUGGAGCUGCAGCUGGAGUCAUGAUCACUGCUUCUCAUAACAGAAAAGAGGACAAUGGGUACAAGGUUUAUUGGCACAAUGGGGCACAGAUCUCCUCGCCACACGAUAAGGAGAUCUUGCAUUGCAUUGAGGAGAGUACCGAACCGUGGGAAGAGUCCUGGAAUGUGGACCUAGUUGAGAGCAGCCUGUUGAGGAGUGACCCACUGGAGGACGUCUGCCGCUGGUACAUGGAAGAGCUAAACACUGUCUGCUUCCACAGAGAACUUAACACAAAGUCUCCCCUGAAGUUUGUGCAUUCAUCUUUCCAUGGUGUUGGUCACAACUUUGUCCAGAGAGCUUUUCAGCAGUUUGGCUUCCCACCUCCUAUCCCUGUUCCGGAACAGAAAGAUCCAGAUCCAGAAUUUUCCACUGUCAGUUGUCCCAACCCAGAGGAAGGAGAAGCUGUUUUGGAGCUGGCUCUUCGUUUGGCCGAGAGUGAAGAGGCUCGCAUUGUCGUGGCCACAGACCCCGAUGCUGAUCGCUUGGCUGUUGCGGAGCUGAAUGACAAUUGCAGUUGGAAAGUGUUCACGGGAAAUGAGCUGGCUGCAUUGCUCGGCUGGUGGAUGUUGUUUAACUGGAAGGAAGCACAUCCUGACCCAGCAGACACUGAGGGAGUAUACAUGCUGGCCACCACCGUUUCUUCCAAAAUACUUAAAGCCUUUGCACGCAUUGAAGGCUUUCAUUUUGAGGAAACAUUGCCUGGCUUCAAAUGGAUUGGAAAUAGAAUCCAUGAAUUAGCAAAAGCAGGAAAGGAGGUCAUUUUUUCCUUUGAAGAAUCCAUUGGGUUUUUGUGUGGGAACAUGGUUCUUGAUAAGGAUGGAGUCAGUACAUCAGCUGUUGUGGCUGAGAUGGCUGCUUAUCUGCACACCAAAAACCUUUCCUUGAACCAACAACUAUGCAACAUCUAUGAAAUAUAUGGCUAUCACAUUUCCAGAACAUCCUAUGUCCUCUGCAGUGACCCACCCACUAUUUACAGAAUAUUUAGCCGUCUGCGCAACUUCGGAGGCCCGGGUGUAUACCCAGAAUUAUGUGGUGAUUACUGCAUCACACACAUCAGAGAUGUGACCACUGGUUAUGACAGCAGUCAGCUUGACAAAAAAUGCGUCCUUCCAUUAACAAAAAAUAGCCAAAUGGUUACAUUCACAUUUCAGAAUGGCAUUGUUGCCACGCUUAGGACCAGCGGGACUGAGCCAAAGAUCAAGUAUUACACAGAAUUCUGUGCACCACCAGGAGAACGUGAUCUCUCUUGUUUGGAGGAGGAGUUAAGAAAAGUGACCACUGCUUUAGUUGAAGAGUUUCUUGAGCCUGACAAGAACAACCUGCUUCGCAGAUCAGUAUAGCUUCAUUUCACUCGUGAGUCAUGGUAAGAUUGUUGUCCUCAUGGGCAUCUCAUGUAAACCAGUCCAAAAAGGCCUGUCUGUGUACCGUCCUGUGAAUGUCGUUUUAUCACUGUGAAAUUAUUUGAAGCAUUAUCACCUUAUGGCUCUCAGACAAAAAAGUAAAUAUUGCAUUUUUAUUUCAGUGGUUUAUAUAUGACAAAAAAAAUAUUGUCAUGAUCGUUUUCUUUUUUUUUAAAUCUCAAUUGAAUACGUCUUGGUCUGAAGACAUUUACAAGGGUUUGAUUUUUUUAUUUCUGUAACAUUUUUUCAAGAAACUAUCUUAACUUGAUCUUUGAAUGUCACAUUAUUACCAUUACUUUUGUUGUAUAUCCCACCUGCUUGGAUUUGAUGUUUGCUUGCGUCCAGAUUUCAUGAAUAUCACUCCACAUUAUAUUACAUAUGUUAUAUUAACCUGCUCAUUGUUCUCUGAGGUUUUGCUGAGAGUUGCUGCUGCUACCUUUUAAAGCUCUGUGAGCACGUGUAUUUGUUGUGCUCUCAUAAACCUGUCCAUAUUAUAUAAAUAUAUAUAUUUUGAUGUUCACAUGUGUGUUGACGCUCACACCCUUUAUGUUGCGUUUUAUGCGUUGAUAAUCAAGAAGCAAGCAGGACGGCACCUUGUUGCCCUGAACUUCUGCUGGCUUCAUGCUGGAUGCGCACAGAGAAUAGGUAAUUUAAUGGAAGAAUCUGUUUUAUUUUUGAAACUUCUGGUUUCUGCUGUACAUAGUUUCAUGGGCAUAUUUGUAUUUUGUCGGUUAUAUACACAAUGUGCUUGUUGCAGUAAGUUAUAGAAGUGCUAUUGGCUUGAGAAGCAAGGCAAGCAUGGCAUUACUCUCUACUGAUAGAUAACAGGAAGGAAUAUAAUUAAUCACUUUUUAGCUGUUUGGUUACAAAGAACUUUUGUUUCUUAACAGUUUAAGAACUUAAAAAAAAUAUAUAUUAUUUGGGCAGUUCUUAUUAUUUGUCGGUUUAGGUUAUUAUUUAUUCCUUAUAAAACGGUUCCGAAAAAAUCAUUGUUUGACAGUUUUGUUUCCUAACAGUUUAAGAACUUAAAAAAAAUAAUUAUUUGGGCAGUUCUUUGUCGGUUUAGGUUAUUAUUUAUUCCAAACACAAUGAUAUCUAUUCUAUUUAUUUGGUUCUAUCUAUGACUAUGCAGUCAUACAGCCAUUUCCGCCAUACCCCUUUUUUAUGCAAGCAAGGCUAUUAAAUGAAAGUCACAAAGUCAAUAUUAAUUGAGACAGUGAUGUUGUGUUGUUAUGCUGAGUGUAUAUUACAAAUAUCCUUAGUGUACUAUUGUCUAAUUGAAGACACCUCACAAUCCUAUUCAGAUCCAAAUCAAAGUUCGUGAAAUGUAAAGUAUAUUAGUGUUUUGAAAGAACAAUACACAUUUUUGUUGAUUAUUUGAGAGGGUCAAAUAGAGUGUACCUGAUUUUUGAAGAUAUUUUGUGAUAUUUGUGGGAAACCAAAGGAAGAACCUUGUUUUCUGUCUGCAUUAUUAUUUCAAGUAAAACGUUAAUUUGCUGUGCAACCUUGACAUUCCUUAUAUAAAACCUCUCCAAAUAAAUUGUUGUAUUUGUAA